AUGCCUGGCAGUGCGCUUGCGGCGACCAGCGACGUUGGGCGCAUUGAGGCCCCCGUCACCUGGAAGGCCUACCUGCUGUGCGCGUUCGCCUCCUUCGGUGGUAUCUUCUUCGGAUACGACUCCGGGUACAUCAACGGUGUCAACGGUGUCCAGCCGUUCAUCAACUCCGUCGAAGGUCUCAAGCCCAAUGGCAACGAAUACGCAGCCCUCACCCCGCCACACCAGUCCCUCAUCGUGUCCAUUCUCUCCUGCGGAACCUUCUUCGGCGCGAUAAUUGCUGGCGAUGUUUCGGAUAUCAUUGGUCGCAAAUGGACCAUCAUCGCCGGCUGCGGGAUUUACAUCGUCGGUGUGAUCCUUCAAAUGGCGCAAACGAGCGGUCUUGGCCUCAUUGUCUCCGGUCGUCUCAUCGCUGGACUCGGUGUCGGUUUCGAGUCUGCCAUCGUCAUCCUGUACAUGUCAGAGAUUUGCCCCCGCAAGGUUCGAGGUGCUCUUGUCGCCGGCUACCAAUUCUGCAUCACCAUCGGUCUCCUGCUCGCGUCUUGCGUCGACUACGCUGUUGUUGACCGUCAAGACACUGGCGCCUACCGCAUCCCGAUCGCCAUCCAGUUCCUCUGGGGCCUGAUUCUUGGCGGCGGUCUGCUGUUCCUCCCCGACUCCCCCCGUUUCUUCGUCAAGCGUGGACGCGUCGAGAAGGCCCGCAGUGCUCUCGCUAGGCUCCGUGGCCAGCCGCAGGAGUCGGAAUACGUCGAGGCUGAGCUUGCCGAAAUCAUUGCCAACGAGGAGUACGAGCGCUCGCUGAUCCCGGCUGGUGGCUGGUUGAACGGGUGGAUGAACUGCUUCCGCGGCUCUCUCUGGAAGUCCAACUCCAACCUCCGCAAGACCAUUCUGGGUACCUCCCUCCAGAUGAUGCAGCAGUGGACAGGUGUCAACUUCAUCUUCUACUACUCGACUCCUUUCCUGGCAUCCACCGGCGCCAUCAGCAACACUUUCUUGAUUUCGCUUAUCUUCACCCUGGUCAAUGUGUGCUCGACCCCGAUCUCCUUCUACACCGUUGAGAAGCUCGGCCGUCGUCCACUCCUCCUUUGGGGCGCCCUUGGCAUGUUGAUCUGCCAGUUCCUUGUUGCCAUCAUCGGCGAUACGGUCGGCUUCAACCACAUCCACUUCCUCAACGGCGACCCGGACCAACCCCGAGCCGACAACAUUGCUGCCGUCAACGCCCAGAUUGCGUUCAUCGCCAUCUUUAUCUUCUUCUUCGCCAGCACUUGGGGCCCUGGUGCCUGGAUCGUCAUUGGCGAGAUCUUCCCUCUGCCCAUCCGCUCGCGUGGUGUCGCUCUCUCCACUGCGUCCAACUGGCUGUGGAACACCAUCAUCGCCGUCAUUACACCAUACAUGGUCGGCGAAACCGAGGGCAACCUUCGAUCGAACGUGUUCUUCGUGUGGGGCGCUCUGUGCACGUUCGCUUUCAUCUACUCUUACUUCCUCAUCCCCGAGACCAAGGGCCUGUCGCUCGAGCAAGUCGACAAGAUGAUGGAGGAGACCACCCCCCGCACCUCCGCCAAGUGGAAGCCAACCACCACCUUCGCGUCCGAGAUGGGCAUCAAGGAGGGCGGCAAGCUCGACGGAGAGGUCACGGCCGAUGCCGAGCGCAAGGGUUCCAUCUUCUAG